CCGAACGGCGGGAACGAGCUCGGUGUUUGGGCGUACCCACUCGUACACUGAAUGACGUACUUGAAGGCGUGAGAUUGUGCAUUAACCGAUCCGUGGUAGUCGGUGAUCUUGAAAAGACAAAAUCACACCUUCUCUGGCUCGGAUCACAUCAAUAUCGAUUUUCGAACCACCUGAAAAGCAGCGCAAGCAGGAAAUGAUGAAAAUAGCCUUCGCCCGCGCGGCCGCCCAGGCCGGCGCCUCAGCAGUUGGAGUCAGAGGAGGAUGCUGCUCAACCACCAUCCCAAUCAUCUCAGCCGCCGCUGGCGCCCGAGCCACCGUCAUGGCCCGAAGACUCUUCUCUUCCGCUUCUGCCGCUACUCCUUCGUCAACAACAACCAACACCGUCCCUCCGGUUGUUUCUACAGUCCCGCUCGUCUAUGAUCUUCAUUCACCGGAGAACCCUACGGUGCCGAAUAAGGAGACUCAGCCCAUCAUUUUCAUCCAUGGACUUUUUGGCUCGAAGAAAAACAAUAGGAGUAUCAGUAAACAACUAGCCCGUGACCUAGGUCGUCAUAUCUUCGCCAUUGACCUCCGCAACCACGGCGAAUCCCCCCACGACCCCCGCCAUGAUUACACCGCCAUGUCCGAGGACGUAGCCGCCUUUAUCCGUUCCCACGGUCUCAAAGACUCCACCCUCAUCGGACACUCCAUGGGCGCCAAAGCCGCCAUGACCGUUGCCCUCACGCAUCCGGACCUCGUGCAAAAUAUCAUUUCCGUUGACAACGCGCCGGUAGACGCCCGCUUGCAAUCGUCCUUUGCGCGGUACAUCCAAGGCCUGAAAAAGAUUGAAGAAGCCGGCGUCUCCUCCCUCAGCGCAGCCGACAAGAUCCUCGAGCCCUACGAAAAAGAUCUAGUCGUACGCCAGUUCCUUCUGGGCAACUUGCACCGGCCCCGUGUCGAUCCCGGUGGAAAGCCGAGCCCGACGCUGCAGUUCAGGAAUCCGUUGGGGAUUAUUGGCAAGAGUUUGGAUCACAUGGGUGAUUUUCCCUUCAAGGAUCCGCAUAGGGUCAGGUUCGGUAAACCCGCGCUGUUUGUCAGGGGCACAAAGAGCCAUUACGUGCCGGAUGAGGUGAUCCCGCUAAUUGGGCAGUUUUUCCCGCUGUUUGAGCUGGUGGAUGUUGAGGGCGGGCAUUGGGUUAUUUCGGAGAAUCCAGAGGCUUUUAGGCAGGGUGAGUUUUCUCUUCUUCUGGGCUGGACUAUGAUUUGGGUGUGAUGUUGGUGAUGCUAAUGAUCCAUUUGUGGGACAGCUGUUCUAAAGUUCCUCGAGCCCAAGGAGUAAACAAAAACUCUCCUGUUGUUGACACGGAGGUGAGAGUGUUGUAUUAGAGGUAUUCGUGGAGGCUAUGGAUUAUCCCCACACAGGACAUGACCCGAGCAUCCAUUUGUUCUCGAGUGGCGGUUGACGACGGUAAAGCAUUGCUUCUUGGUCUCCUUCUGGUUCACAAGUACCGGUUUACCAGCCAGUGCUUUCAAAA